AAUUAAUAAAAAUUAAAUCAAACAAAUAUGAAUAUUAGCAGCACAAUAAUCAACAACAACAACCAUCAUGAAAACAACUGGCAAAACAGUAACAGUAUUAACAACAUAUCAUCGUUGUUCGAAAAUAAUAGUGAUUAUAAAUGUGGUAGUAAUUUGGAAUCGUUUCAUUUGAUAUACGCACAAAUACACGGUUGGGCAAGCCUAAUCGUUUGCAUAUUUGGCUGUAUAGCAAAUAGUUUGAACAUAGCAGUACUUACUAGACGUGAUAUGAGAUCACCUACAAAUAUGAUAUUAACGGGUCUGGCAGUUGCUGAUUUAUUGGUCAUGAUCGAAUACGUACCAUAUGCUAUACACCUUUACCUUUAUCAUCGUUCACGAAAGGAUAGGUUUACUUAUGGUUGGGCAGUAUUUGUCCUAUUUCAUUCGAAUUUUGGUCAAGUUUGUCAUACCAUAUCGAUAUGUUUAACUUUAACACUUGCAAUAUGGCGUUACAUAGCCGUAGCACAUCCACAAAAAAAUCACGAAUGGUGUAGCCAUAGAAGAACGAUCAUAGCAAUAAUAGGUGCAUAUUUGUUUUGUCCAAUAUUAUGCGUACCAUUGUACAUAACAACCGAAGUACGUCCACAGAUAGAACCUUUAAAUAAUGAUAAUCAUAAUAAUCAUAACAAUAAUAAUAAUACUAUGAAUUUGAGUAAAAUCAUGAACGACGUUGUUGUUGAUAGUCAUAAUUAUACACGUUUAUAUGAUGAUAAUGAUGAUAAUAAUAAUACGGUAACGAAAUACGUAACUCUUUAUUUCGUGAGAUUAACUGAAACUGCCAGGGUACACGGUAUGUUGAAAGAAAUGAACUUUUGGAUUUACAGUGUUGUCAUUAAAUUAAUACCGUGUUUAGCACUUACGAUUUUGAGUAUCAAAUUGGUACUCGUAUUGCUUGAAGCUAAAGAAAGAAGAAAAAAAUUAACAAGUAAAACAUUGAAAAGUAAUAAUCAAAAAUUAAACGAUAUGACAACGAAUGAUAAUAUUAAUACUACUACUACUACUGCUGCUGCUGCUGCUGCUGCUACUGCUGCUAUUACGAAAAUAAAAAAGAAAAAAUCUAAUAGGAAUAUGGAUAAGGAAAGGCAAACGGAUAGAACUACUAUGAUGCUAUUAGCCGUUUUACUUUUAUUCUUACUCACUGAAUUGCCACAGGGUGUACUUGGUUUGCUCAGUGUCAUAUUGGGCUCGGGUUUCUUUCAUACCUGCUACCUUAUGUUAGGUGACGUAAUAGACAUCCUAACUCUAAUAAACUCAGCGAUAAAUUUCAUCCUUUAUUGCACGAUGAGCCGUCAAUUUCGUACGACCUUUAAGCAACUUUUCUGUACAAAGUGGAAAAAUCUUGGUAGAUGGAUGCCCAUACAACAUCUUCAAAUGGAUAACAAUGGUAAUACGGGAACUACCAAUCAUACGGUGACACAGGUCACACAAGUCUAGCGUCGAAGAAUAAACCGUCAAACUUAUUGCUAUCCGUUAUAAUAA